UGCUCCAUCAUUGGUGUCAGUGGGAGGAAUAGCGCCCCAUCAUUAGUGUCAGUGGAAGGAAUAGCGCCCCAUCAUUGGUGUCAGACGGAGGAAAAGUGCCCCAUCAUUGGUGUUAGUUGGUGGAAUAGCAUCACAUCAUUGGUGUCAGUUGGAGCAAUAGCGUCACAUCAUUGGUGUCAGGGGAGGAAUAGCAUCACAUCAUUGGUGUCAGUGGGAGGAAUAGCAUCACAUCAUUGGUGUCAGUGGGAGGAAUUUUUGCCCUGCUCUUGGUACAAAUGGUGCCUCAUUCAUGGUGUCAGUGGGAGUAAAGAGGAAUAGCGCCCCA